GGCGGCGGGGGCCGCGCAGCAGCCUGGGAGCGGGCCGGGCGGCGCGGGAGGAGCCGCGGCGCAGACCUAAUAGGGGGCUCAGGAGAAUUAUGUCACCACCUGUGCAUGAACUAGGGAGAAACAAACUGCUGCAGCAGCGCAUCUACUCAGAUUAUGAUGAGUGCACCAAGUAAAGCAAUAGAACUGCAGCUGCAAGUGAAGCAAAAUGCUGAAGAGCUGCAGGAUUUUAUGAGAGAAUUGGAGAGCUGGGAAAAAGAUAUUAAAGAAGUGGAUUCUGAACUCAGGAAACAGAGUGGGGUCCCAGAAGAGAAUUUGCCACCAAUUCGAAACAAGGCUUUUAAGAAAAAGAAGAAAAGCAAAAACAAAGUCCCUUCCAAGUUAACUUCUGAGGAAAACAAGAAAAACAAGAUCAAGUCUUAUGAUUAUGAAGCAUGGGGAAAACUUGAUGUGGAUAAAAUACUUGAAGAACUUGAUAAAGAAGAUAGUGCUCAUGAUUCCGUAUCUCCAGAAUCAGACUCUGAAGAAGAUGGAAUUCAUGUAGAUGCUGAAAAGGCUCUUGCAGAGAAGGAAAAGGGCAAUAACUACUUUAAACAAGGAAACUUUGAUGAAGCUAUAAAAUGCUAUACUAGAGGGAUGCAUUCUGAUCCGUACAAUCCAGUAUUGCCCACAAACAGAGCAUCAGCUUUUUACAGAAUGAAAAAGUUUUCUGUUGCGGAAUCCGACUGCAAUUUAGCACUUGCUUUAGAUAAAAAUUACAUAAAGGCUUAUGCGAGAAGAGGGGCUGCUCGCUUUGCUUUGAAAAAUCUUCAAGGUGCUAAAGAAGAUUAUGAAAAAGUUUUGGAGCUGGAUGCAAACAAUUUCGAAGCAAAAAAUGAACUGAAGAAAAUUGAUCAGGCUCUGUCAUUAAAAGAAAAUUUACAACAGAAAGAGUUUGAAGAUGCACUCAGAACAGGAUUAACAGAUGAAGAGAAGCAGCGCAUUGAAGACCAGCAGCUCAAGCAGAAGGCGAUUGCAGAAAAAGAUCUGGGUAAUGGUUAUUUCAAAGAAGGAAAGUAUGAGGCUGCCAUAGAAUGUUAUACCCGCGGUAUUGCAGCAGAUGGCACCAAUGCACUACUGCCAGCUAAUAGAGCCAUGGCCUACCUAAAGAUUGAGAAGUACAAAGAGGCAGAAGAUGACUGCACACAAGCUCUGCUCUUAGAUGCUUCCUAUUCUAAAGCUUUUGCCAGAAGAGGAGCUGCCAGAGUUGCUCUUGGGAAGCUAAAGGAAGCUAUUCAAGAUUUUGAAGCUGUUCUGAAGCUGGAACCUGGAAAUAAGCAAGCAAUAAAUGAACUCACGAAAAUAAGAAAUGAAUUAGCUGAGAAAGAGCAGCAGACUCACCAAGACUAUCCUGCAGUAUUGAUAAAAGAAGCAGAAAUCAAAAAUAUAGUGAAAAUGAUUGAUGAUCCAUUACAGAUUAAAUCAACAAAACCAUUGCGAAGAAUAGAUAUUGAAGAAGUUGAUGAUGAUACGUCAGAUGAUGACUUGCCCAGCACUACUUUAGUCAAUAACUUGAGGAAUUCAGUGAGUGCUGAAGCAACAGAAGCUCUAGAUCAGGAUGAUCUGUUAACUACGGUUGAUAUUCCAAAAGCAAAGCACUUGAAAAUAGAAGAAAUCAGUGAUACAUCACUAUUACAGCUGCCUGUAAAUGUGAAAGGAAUUUCAUCAACAUUGCAUCCGUCUUUUCCUGCAAGCGAACAGAGAGAAAAAGAAAUCAGAAGGUCAUUUAUGUCUGCUUCUCCAGUUCCUCCCAUUCCUGCAAAUUCUUUUCAGCUUGAAUCUGACUUCAGAAAGUUGAAAGACUGCCCUGAAAAUAUGUACUUGUACCUGAAGCAAAUAGAGCCUUCGCUUUAUGCAAAGCUGUUUCAGAAGUCCUUAGAUCCAGACUUGUUUAACCAGAUCCUGAAAAUUCUUCAUGACUUCUAUGUUGAGAAAGAGGAGCCAUCACUCAUCCUUGAAAUCCUCCAGAGGCUCUCUGAAUUAAAAAGAUUUGAUAUGGCAGUAAUGUUCAUGUCAGGGUCAGAAAAAAAAAUUACACAGGUAUUAUUCAAUCAUGUGAACCACAUGGGAUUAAAAGAUGCUUCUGUUGAAGAAUUGGAGAAGAAAUACGGCAUUUUCUCUUAGCAAGAUGACUGAUGUAAAUGUCUAGAUUUGCACCUUUUUCAUGUGGAAGUUAGCUAAGAAGGCUGUAAAGACUGCAAUUGUGUUGCUUUUUAUAAAUAAUGAAACUCUUAAGUUUGGGUUAGCCAAAUGGCAAGUGCCUGAAAAGAUCAUUAUUUAGUUCUGAAGUACACUUGUUUUCCAGUACCUGAAACAAUAUGGAUCUACAUUUUCUUCAGUGGAAUCUGUUUGCCUGAAAAACAGUUGGGCAGAUUGGCAUUCAGGAUCUGGAUUGUAGAUAGAGAUCUUUAUUAAAAGGAAAAAAAUAUUUAUAAACAUGUCUUUGUUUAUCAAAUGCUGUAUAUUAGAAUUAUGCAUGGGUUUUUUAUUUUAGAAAAUAAACUGAAUGUUGAAUUGAAGAU